AUGAGCAUAACUCUGAAAGAUGAUUCUUCAUCAGAUGAUGAGGAUGUAGUAUUAAAGAGGGUCUCUAAGGGUGAUAAACAGACUAAAAAGAAGUUGAAGCGUGUGAAAAAAGAAUUGUCAGAUGGAGAUGAUAGCGAUGAGGAUGAGGAAAUCGUCCAUGCCGCAAAGAAGAAGCAAAAGAAGCUCAAGAAAGAGAAGGAAGAUGCUGUAUUAAGGAACACCAAUGGCAAUGGUGACAGCAACGGCAAGGUAACUGGUAGGUUAAAAGUUAAGAAAGAACGUAAAGAGAAGAAAGAAAAAACGAAAAAGAUCAAGAAGGAAGAAGUGAGUAAUGAGGAUGAUGAGGAUAAGAAUCUGGCGGAUAUUGCAUCAGAGACUCCAUUUCAGUCAUCUGCAAGGGCUUCCUCCAUAGAGUUAAAGGAGUCAUCGGAAGAUUUCAAAUGGUGGGAAAAUGGCGACAAAGAGGAUGACACUAUCAAAUGGACUACCUUGAAACAUAAUGGUGUCAUUUUUCCUUCCACAUACGAACCCUUACCAGCACAUGUCAAGUUAUACUACAAUGGGAAACCAGUAGAUUUACCACCACAAGCAGAAGAAGUGGCUGGAUUUUUUGCAGCUAUAUUGGAAUCGGACCAUGUCAAGAUUCCAACGUUUCAGAAGAACUUUUUGCACGAUUUCUUGCAAGUGCUAAAAGAGAAUGGAGGAGCACGCAAUGGAGUGCAAAUAAAGGAGUUUGGGAAGUUAGAUUUCACUAAAAUUUUUGAGUAUUUCCAAGUGCAAAAGGAACAGAAGAAACAACUAAGUCCACAGGAAAAGAAGCAGCUUAGGUUGGAAAAAGAAGAACUGGAGAAACCAUAUAAAUUUUGUGAAAUCGAUGGCAGGGUGGAACAAGUAGGUAAUUUCCGUAUUGAACCACCUGGUCUUUUCAGAGGCCGUGGUGCUCAUCCAAAAAAUGGUAAAUUAAAGAGGCGUGUUUAUCCGGAGGAUGUUGUACUCAAUCUCGACAAAGAGGCACCAAUUCCAGAACCUCCAAAGGGUCACAAAUGGGGUGAAAUCAGGCAUGAUAACACGGUACAAUGGUUAUCAAUGUGGCGAGAGAAUAUUUCUAACUCUUUUAAAUACGUACGGUUUGCUGCUAACUCUACGUUGAAAGGAAUGAGUGACUUCAAGAAAUUCGAGAAGGCAAGAAUGUUGAAGGAUCACAUAGAUAAAGUGCGCACAGAUUACAAAAGCAAAAUGAAGAGCCCUAAGACCCUGGAUAGACAAAUGGCUGUAGCCACGUAUUUGAUUGAUGUGUUUGCAUUAAGAGCCGGUGGUGAAAAAGCUGAUGAUGAAGCUGACACAGUGGGUUGUUGUUCUCUACGGUAUGAACAUGUUACCCUAAGACCACCAAACACAGUUGUUUUCGAUUUCUUGGGUAAGGAUUCUAUUAGGUAUUACCAGGAAGUUGAAGUCGAUGCACAAGUUUUCAAGAACCUUAAGAUAUUCAAGAGGCCUCCAAGCGGACCAGGCCAUCAAUUAUUUGACAGACUAGAUCCAUCGAUAUUGAACAAACACUUGCAGAAUUAUAUGCCAGGAUUGACUGCAAAAGUUUUCCGUACGUACAACGCAUCUAAAACGAUGCAGGAUCAACUAGAUUUGAUUCCAAAUGAGGGUACUGUCGCUGAAAAGAUCUUGAGGUACAACGCAGCAAACAGAACCGUUGCCAUCUUGUGUAAUCAUCAACGUACUGUCACCAAAGGGCAUGCCAGCUCUGUGCAGAAGGCCACUGAACGUAUAGAAGAGCUAGAAUGGCAAAAAGUACGUUAUAAGAGGGCUAUCUUACAGUUAGACAAGAGCGAACGCAAGAAAAACCAAAAUUAUUUCAAGGAGAUCGAUGAUUUAACGAAAGAGGAAGAACUCACAAUUCAUAAACGCAUCAUUGAAAGGGAACGUGAAAAGUACAAAAGAAAGUUCGAACGUGAAAAUGAAAAACGCAAGUUCAGCAAAGAGGAUCCGAUUCCAGACUCUCAAUUGCUCGAGUGGCUAGCUAAAGUGGAUGACCUUGAAAAACUUUAUGAAAGAGAAUCAACUACGGGAAAAAUUGAACUAAGAGAAUCUUUACAAAACUUGGAAAAACUUAAGCAAAACGUGGAAAAGCUGGAGAAAAGAAUCACAAAUUGUUCCCUUCAGUUAAAGGACAAAGAGGAUAAUUCCACUGUAGCAUUAGGAACUUCAAAGAUAAAUUAUAUCGAUCCAAGACUAUCUGUCGCGUUUUGCAAGAAAUUCGAUGUCCCAAUCGAGAAAGUGUUUACCAAGACUUUGAGAGAUAAAUUCAGAUGGGCUAUCGAGUCUGCUGACGAAAACUGGACAUUUUGA